GGCCAAGUGUGGUGCCCGUAUGUGAGUGCUGUACUGUACGAGUACCGCACUCGAGUCCUAGCACAUAACACGAGUAUUAUGGCGCCGGUACUCGAUCACAGCUGGGCCAGUGCUUGUUGUGCACCGUCCCGGGCAGGGCACACAUCUGGGGUCGUGGUUUUCCGGUGGGUUCCCCAAAGAAAGCAUGUGGAGACGGGGCAUCGCGAACGGAAGUUGCCAAAGCAAGACCAAGCAAACGGAGAACCCGAUUCGAAGGGUUCUUUCCAGAACAUGCAAAUACCAUCACAAAAAACCGUCAAUGGUAGGACAGGUGUGUCUCUCUCUGGUCCUUUUUGAGAUCUCUAUUUACCUUCUUCCUCAAAGCUCUUACCGUAUUUCCUUCCUUCCUACCCGUGGUUUGAGAUUUCCUACUCGGUGCGGAUUGCAUGAGCUGAGCGAGCGAGUGGGUGUGUCGUUGCUAUCGCACUCGUACAUUACCGGUACGGUAUCAUAUUAUUAUCAUACCGGUAGUCAAUUGCUUGCAUGUCAGCUAAGCUACAGUAUCAUACCCGUAACUUACCACGGUACAGUACUCGUACAGUGCUCGUGGACGGGUUGUUGUCAGUUGCUUUCCUUUCCUUUUCCCUCUUUAUUUGGAGUUUGGACACGCGAGCAGCGAGCCCGAGUUUCCUAUCAUACUUGCCUCACCGAGCAACCAAGCCCCUCCCAUCCUCCACUAGUUUACCUCUUCCUCCUCCUACCUUUCCCCAUUCCUCUCACACCCUGCCGCCUAAGCCAUGUGGCUAUUACCCCGCACUCACUUCCCUUCAUCGUCAUCGUCAUCAUCAUCAGGGUCCUUAUGCCGUGCCCUGGCCAUCUUUUCCUUCCUUUUGUUUGCUGUUUCCCUGUUCGCUUCCCCAACAGCCGCUUCGCGAGGUGACCGUCUCCCGGAAUUCAAGGAUUGUGUGCAGGGCUGCAAGGAGAGGAAUUGUCUUUCCGAGAAGACUCCACUUCCUCUACACCUCCGCCUCCUCCUUUGGAAUUGUCCCUCCGAAUGCGAUUAUGCAUGUCAACGCUCCGUCACAGCUUCACGAGCUGCAAAUGGCCAGUCAACCGAGCAAUUUCAUGGAAAGUGGCCAUUCAAACGACUUUGGGGCAUCCAGGAGCCCUUUAGUGUGCUCUUCUCCAUCCUGAACGGCUAUGUCCACUAUGCUGGCCUGAAAAGCCUCAAGCGCGAAUUACCUCGCUCAUACCCGCUCUACCCAUACUACAGGCUCUUCAGCAUCUUUGGCAUGUUCUGCUGGUUUUGGUCCACCGUCUUCCACAUGCGUGAUUUCGUCUUUACGGAGAGAAUGGACUACUUUGCUGCUGGCGCUAAUGUCCUCUACGGCCUAUAUCUAGCUCCAAUCAGGAUAUUCAGGCUCUACAGGUCAACCUAUGCACGCGCUCUGCGGAUCUGGGGGAUUGUGUGCAUCGCUUCUUACACUGCUCACGCCUACUUCCUCCUGGGCAUCCGGUGGGACUACACCUACAACAUGGCUGCCAACGUCGUUGUGGGAUCAAUCACGAAUACCCUAUGGACCUACUGGUCUAUUCGGCACUACACGAGGCUAAAGAGCUUUUGGGCCGCUUGGCCUGGUUUGAUUGUUAUGUGGUUGAUUAUGGCUAUGAGCCUGGAACUGCUCGAUUUUCCGCCCCUCGCUGGCGCUCUAGACGCCCACAGCCUCUGGCAUGCCGCCACGAUCCUGCCUGGUAUGUGGUGGUACAAGUACGUAGCAACACUCACUCUACCUCCUUCUUUCUCUUACUCUUUUCCCUCUUUCAUCCCUUGA